AUGUCGAUCUACCAGUCGGAUGCCACGACGCAGGAGCACGAACGGCACAGUUCCACUUGGCCAGCGUGGUUGCCGGCUUGCGGUUACUCGUACUGCUGCUUGCUGGUAGGAACGGAACUAUGGCUCUUUGCAAAAAGACCGAGUGCGUCCGCUUGGAUUCCUCAAGAGCAGAGUUUCGACUCUGCUUUUGAGCGACGUCUCUCUCCUAAGACGCCGGCCGUCAUCCACAAGAUGCACUCUGCCUGGGUUCCAGUGGAGACUCUCACACUUGCCGUCCACCCGUCAAGUGGGGAGAAGCAUCAAAAACCGACUUCAGCCAGCGCUCCGCCGGACGACGAAUUUACAUCUUUACCUCGGGUUACCACCAGUCGCGACACCGUGCGUCAGAUGCGUGACCGCAUCUCUGCCGCCAUCGUUACCCGACACAGUCCCACAAUGCAACUGCAUCUACCGUUAUGGCCAUCACGGAUACUUGCCACCGCCUACAGAAGGGACUAUGAUUAUUAUUUGCGAUGGUAGAUGGAUGGUUUACGGGUGGUCUUAUUCCUGCCAAAAGAUUUGUGCAACAAUCGCGGCUAGCGACGACGACGACGACGAUGACGACGACGACGACGACGACGACGACGGCGACGAC